GCGUAAUUGCGGUCAGAUGCAUUCCGGCAAGGCCUAGUCUAAUUGGCGCGAAAGAGGGUUGUAGGUGUGUCAAGUCGUAGACUAGCGAUGAUCAGCGCUUCUGUGGCACAAGGAUAAGCCUGCACAGUGAAUAUAUUGAAGGAGGGGGGGGGAGCCUAAAGAAAAUGAAUCUUGGGAGGUUAAAUUUAUCUUGAGACACAAGUGAUCAACCCCCCCCCCAAGAAAAAGAAAAAAAAAAGCCCAUUAAACGAGAGGGUGGUCUAGGAGGCGGGUUGAUUUAGUCAUUAGGGGGAAAAAGACUAAUCAGCCAAGCCGAAGGAUCGCUAUGGAACGGUCAUCGGCUUAUAGAAUGCGGACACGUGGACGCUCGCCGUCCUUCUCAGAAGGUGGUUGCUGUUUUUAUAUCGAUGCCUGGAUUGGUAUCCCGGCCCAAUCACUGCUGCUGCUGAUCGGAAUCGUUGCCACGUGGGACCAUCUCGCUUGGUCCUUUUGCGCAGUAGGAGCAGCUGCGAAGCUCAUGCCACGAGUCUCGAUCGUCCCUAGGGGCGACCGGUCGGGCGUGCGGUCGCCAGACGCGCGACCGGUCGGCAGCCCUGAUCGGGUCCUCCAAGCCUCUGCAGUUCUGCCGGAAGAGCUUUCGCCCUUGUUUGUCAAGGAGAGGAGCGGGUUGGUCGUCAAGCACCCCAUUAUGAGUGUUGGUGGUGACCCUUAUUCGUGCAGAGCUGGCGUAAAUCAUCUCGUGGUGCCAGAACCCUCUCAAGUGGACAAGGAAGUGGAUAAGGCAAUGAUCUAUUAUGUCCUGGAUGAGUUCUGCUUUGCCCCCAACGGAUCCAAAACAGAAAGGGUGACAUCCAUCAGGAGCGCAAGUUUCUCGCUGGGUGAUCGAGCACCGUCUCCCUUGGAUGCUAAUGACAGCAACACUCUCUUGACCUACUGGUGGCCGGCUUCCUCACCCAACGGGACAAAGAUCACUGAUCGGCCACUCGUGAAGUUGGGGGUGAACAUGAGCUCUUCGUUGGCUGACGCGGCCGUCUUCUACGGCCUGGACCUGACGAGAUCGCAGAGCAACCUGGACGUCAGUUCUGAGCCGUACGAUGUCGGCGGCAGGCGCAUCAUCACCUCCGUCUCUGUGAUAGAUGGGUCGCGCUCGUCGAUCGAUCCGGGUGUGAGCUCGCUGCAGAGCUUGGCGCUCGAUCCCGCCGACAACAACACCCUGUACAUAUCCGACAACUCCGAGACUUCCCCGAAGAUCCUCUCCGCGCCUGUGUCCGACUCAGGUCUCCCCGCAGCUGGGGGCAACCUGUCCCAGGUGCUCAAUAUGUCUGGGGAUCCCCGUGUCUCGUCGAUUGAUUUCGGUCCCUACAGCUUCGUCUCGGGUGGGAGCUGCAUGUACUUCCGCGACGACGAGCAAAACCGCGUGUGGGGUUUCGAUCCCCGACGCUCCUCCUCGCCCUCCUCCUCCGCCGACAUCAAGCUCGUGGCAGGGUCGGGAAUCCCGGGGUCGCGCGCCAUGCAGAAACUCGAUGACGCCAACACUACCUUCAACCGCAUGCGGGCGCUGGUAACCACACCCGAUGGGUGCAAUCUCUUCGUCACGGACGAGCAGGGCGGGCAUGGACUGGUUCGAUGGCUGAAGCUAGAGCGGCCCUGUAGCCUGGCAACACGAGUGGAGGUGGUGGCCAAUCACACCGGCACAGAGUCGUCCAGCUUGGCCUUACACAGAGCUAAGGGCGGGCUACGUCUUCUGCUUGGCUCGUCAACUGGCGACGUGUUUCAGCUGAUAAUCAACGAGAGCCUUCUAGCGAAUUGCAGCAGCCCGCCGCCAUCAUCGGCCUCACUCACCGACGCAACUCAAUCUCCCACAAAAAAAGGGCUGAACCUAGUGCUCAUCAUCGCUCUGGCCUUCGGUGGAGGCGCCUUAACGACCGUCCUUGCUCUUCUAGGCUCCUGCUACUACAAGAAGCAGAAGAGCGAGCAGAAGUCGCGAUCCCGACAGGCGGAGGGACGGGAUGGGCUAGCCUCAACCGACUCCCUCUCGCGGGCGAACUCGUUGGCACGUGGUGCGACCGGAUUAUCUUGGUCCGUCGAGAUCCCGAGCAUUUUGAAGGGAUCGUCGUCUACCACCGCCGGCUCCUCCUCCUCCGACCGAUCGAGGCGCAAGCGAAUGGAGCUCUCUCCGUCCAACGUGCAGCGCUUUGAGCUGAAGAGCUUGGCAGACUGCACGGGUGACUUCCAUCCCUCCAAGGUCAUCGGCGACAAGGGGGCGUUCGGCGUAGUCUACAGGGGUUCCAUCGACGGCAGGGAGCUGGCCAUGAAGGUGAUGACGGGCGAGUUGACGGAAGUCAAGAAGGCACAGUUCGUUGCAGAGGUGAACACUCUGAGCAGGUUGAACCAUGCCAACCUCGUCGAACUCGUUGGGUUUUGUCAGGAGGGAGAGAAAUCCAUCUUGGUCUACCCUUACUACGCAGGGGGAAGUUUGCAGCAGCGAUUACACGGCGACACGAUAGAGAAAGAAGAACGAAGAAAGCAAGAACGGGGACAAGACAUACAAGGGCAAGAAGCCGUUGGGCACUACAAGAAAAACAAACAUGAUGUUUCACCGUUGACGAUAGAGGAGCGCAUGCGCAUCGCUUUCCAGGUUGCCAAGGGACUAAGCUACCUGCACGACGGAGCAAGGCCGGCGAUCAUUCACCGAGAUAUCAAGAGCAGCAACGUUCUGCUAGGGGAGGGAGAGGGGGACAUGGUCCAGGCGGUCGUGGCCGACUUCGGCUUGGCGGCCAUCGGGGAGAGAGUGUUUGGCACAGGGUACGAGCACUUCGUCGAGACUUCGCACGUGGGGGGUACUUUCGGGUACAUAUCCCCCGAGUACAUGCUGUACGGCAAGCUGUCGGAGAAGAACGAUGUGUACUCCUUCGGCGUGCUUCUCCUCGAGCUGCUGACGGGGCGAAAGGCCGCCUGGCGGGCGAUCCGAAUGGGAUGGGAGACACUGGCCACGUGGGUCGGCCCGUUCCUUACCCGAGGAGGGGAUGAUGGGGAUAAAGAUCCCGAGGGCUUCAACAGCAUGCCGUUUGCGAUUCUCGAUCCUUCCUGUUGCGCUCAGGUGGCGCGUGACGCUCCCACCAAAACCAUGGUGAUGGAGGCCUUUUCCUUGGCGGGAGAUUGCGUCAAGGAGGAAGACAGGCAGCGGCCCUCCAUGACCAUCGUGGUGCAGCGCCUUCGCUCCAUGUGUCAGCAGGCGGACAUAGCCUUGUGAAACAUUUUCCGGCCCAAUUCGCAUUCCGCAUC